UCAAUCAUUCACGUUUAGAUCUUCGUAUUGCAAUGUCCACGUAUCUAUCGCAAAAAGGCCCACAAUAUUAUUCGAGUAGAGCAGUAAGGUAAAGGUUUAUUACAACAUCGAGAUCAACAUCAAGGUUUUGUAACUAAAUACCCUGGAAAACGCUGUUGCGCUAAGUAACCUUGAGGAGGACGAUUGAAUGUAGCCACAGAUCCGAAGGUCUGAAUUUGGAAGUGAAUUGCAAGGAACAUCAUAGUAUAACGAUUAUACUUUAAUAUUCUGAUUCUGUUAGUUUCGUUCCGAUAUACUUUAAUAUUCUGAUUCUGCGAGUUUAGUUCCGAUACACUUUGAUAUUCUGAUUCUGCGAGUUUAGUUGAACUCGAUCUAGUUCCGAAAACUCCAGCCAUCAUCCAGAUUAUCUUUAACAAGAUGGAACGCUCUAAGUGUCGUUUUGUCCUCUACUCUACUGUGUCGGCUCUCACACUCUUUGGUGUGGUGGUGAUGGAUCAUCUUGUAGUGGCAGCGGCAGCGAGUGGAAGUGGAGCGCGCGACGUACGACCGGAUUGAGAGUGAGCUUUUCUUCCGGCAGUCUCCCCUCCUCCUUUCGAAGCUACAAAGUGACAUCUUCUCCCCUGACGGGCAUGCACCUGGCGGUCAAGAGCACAUGCACCCGGUAGCGAUUUGGUCAGCUCCCCCUGCUAGGGCCACCUCCGAUCGCGCCAAGGUGGGCCAGCUGGGCGUCUUGGAAGCGACGCUGGCAAGCGUUGGUGGGCGUAUUGCUUCCAACUUCUGGGCGUGUGUACACGAGCGACCGCAUCCCGACGGGUCGUAUUUUUGUCAUUUGCUUUCCUGGUCCAAAAGAGCAAGAAGCACCUCCACCAUCAUCAGACAAGUCGCCGGCACCUUUCUUGGGCCGGCUGCUAAGGACGCAAGUCGAGUGCUGAGGGGCCUUAUCAACUUUUCGACCUGGAGGGGAGAAAGUUCUUGUGAAGAAGAUGAGAGUCGGAGUGACGUUGAGGAUGAAGCUGAACAAGUGGCGCAAGGGCUACCACCUGCAGCAGCAGUAGAAUUAGGGGUAGGGCCUCAUGAGGAGGACUCUGCUGAUGUUGUCUUUGUCUCCCUUGCAAGACAAAGAGUUCCCCGACUCGAAACAAUACCCCAAGAACAGGUACAUGAAUGAAUGAAUGAAUGAGUGAGACUUUAGCAAGCACGGUGAGCGAGAUGCUGGAGAAUUAUCGUCGCAUCAUGUCGUCCACCUUGUCCACGACAACUGACGAAGUUAAGCGGACAAGGUGGACAACAUGAUCCUGAAGUUAUAAGCGGCAUCUGCUUUUUGAUUUCCUCUAACUUUGGUGGCGGAUGCCGCAGUGGAGUUCAUCUUUGGAUUACCUGAACAAGACUCCUACGUCAGUCAACUGCGCCACCUAACCCAAAUGGUAAGGCUCAGCUUUCAAUGGUCAUUGGGGUUGGUCACUGAGACCCUUUUAGAGAACAGGGGAAAAGGAAGGGAAAGGGGAGAGCUUUGAAGGGAGUCUCUUCCGUUCAGCAUCAUGAUGACCAUUGAAUGCUGAGCUUUAAAAAUGGUAACGGAACUACAGGAGCGCGAGGCCGCGCACAAUCGUAUUGUACGCGGCCUUGUGGAGAGCGGCAGACGGGAAGAUGCCUGAGCAAUGCUCCUGAAGUGCUGUGAGCUCAACGAUUCUUGCGAGUCAGCACUACGGCGAGUCCUCGAGAGAUGAGAAAGGGCUUCGCGGAUAGAAACACUUCUAGUUUGCUGAGUUGUAAAGAACCUCCCACCAGAAUGUAUAGUUCCAGCACGAGUUCAAUUUAGCAGCACUUGCACUUGCCUCCCCAUACUCUGGGCCACACUCAUAAUACUAAAUAUGAAUGAAUGAAGAUCACAGUUGUGGAGGAUCUAUUUCCAUUUUGAAGAUCAGCACAAGAACAAAAGAGCUUUACUUUCCAUGACGUUGAACACUUACUCAGAAGUUCUAAAGAUUCCCU